GAUCACAAAAAUUUGCUGUAAACGUGUCCCUUCCCACCGUACCUGUGUAUAAACCGGUAAUAAUUUCCAGACUUGUUCUUAAUUUAACAUCAACUGGAUCUUGCUUUAAAAUUAGGGAAGGGAUAUUUCCUCUUGGAUAGAACUAAUUGAACUGUCAACCUAGUUGUCACUAGCUAUCAUAAAUCAACGACUUUUGGAGCGUUCUUUGGUUGACAUCUCCGCCGCAGUCCGCAUCUCCGACCGAGUCCGAGUCGACCGACUCCGCCUCCGGUGCACUGCAGUCACACAGUCACUACGGUAGUCGGUAUACGUUAGCGUAGUGUUACUGUGUUAGUGUUAGAAAUAGAAACUAUUUCCUCAAUAUUCUGUUGGUCUAAUGAUAAGUAGAUCUAGUUACUGCUGACUUUAUCUCCUAAUCCAAGGCUAACAUCUUCACUGAAUCAAGAAUCGGCGGUAGAAGUUUCUGCCGUUGCUGGUCGGUUGACAUCCAGCAGAUGUGAUGAGUUCUGUUCAUGGGUUUCGGAGUAAACCCAAACAUGAUCGAAGCAAGUACAUGCCCGUGUCUGGUCAGGUCCAGAAUGUGCAGAAUUCGACGGUGUACGUCUUCGGAGAGUCGGCAAUCACAGAAGACGAGAUCAAUGCAGACAAUGAUGUCGAGAUGUCUGAGCUUCGGACACGAGGCGGUGGUGGUGGUAAGAGGAAGAAAAAGACUAAACACACAGAGGAUGAGAUGGUGUAUGUGGAAAAGGAUAUCAAUGAAGGAGAUACUUUACAGACAUUUUCUCUUCGUUAUGCAUGCAGGGUUUCAGAGUUGAAGCGUAUCAAUAACUUGAUAGCUGAUCAGGAUUUCCAUGCCAGAAGAACUCUCAAAGUGCCAAUGCGUCGGGAUGGAAUUCUCUUGGAGAUUGAAGAUGAUCUAAAAUCCCAAGCAGCCAAGUCAUUGCGUCAAGUUAAUCAUUCUAAACCGCAUCUAUUAAACGGUCACAGACAUUCAGAUGAAAGCGAUCAUUUAGGUAGCGACUCCGAUGACAGCCAGACAGAGUUCAUCCGGACUAUCAGUAUACCGGGCUCCUUGGAUGGUGAGAACAGGGCAGCGCAACAGUUCUUUGACAAAAUGGAUAAAGAUUUACACAAUAUCUUGGAGAAAACAAGAACUAACAAAGAUACUCUUCAAGAAGUCACAUCGGUUCUGAAAGAAACUCGGUUUCGUCCACUCCGCUUCCCCAAGGCAAAGUCUGACUGCCCUGAUGAUGGAGCUACAUUAGGUUGCACCACAAGAAACAUAGUCAUUGCCCUUGUUGUCGUUAUGGUUAUUGGACCAUUAUUAGGAUUAGCAAUUGCAAAAGGUUGGAAUUGAUUUUAUCCAAUACCGUGGUCAUAUUUGUUCUACGGUGGCUGUAUGGCUAGUCGAAAACAGCUGUUUUAUUAAUUUUGAUUCAAACCACCUAUAUGCAGUUGGACAAAAACUGUUAAAACAGCUGUUUUCGCCUUGCCUUACGGCAGACGUAGAACUCUGUUGUGUGAUCAUGUUUAGCCUGUUUUACAAAUGCAUGUAUACCCUACAUCUCUCUUAACUUUGAUUCUUACUGCAUCCUUCUUUUUUUUACCUGUGACAUAAUGCUUGCAAUCAAUUUUAGGGACAGUUUUUUAUGAUCGAUCAUACACAAUAAUCAGUCGUAGAAAUCAGCCUGACAAUCGCUAAGAGCUGUAUUUAUUUACAGGGCCUAGUUCACAAUUUACAUAGUGUGCAAAGGAAGAAAUGAUAUGAUUACACUCUGUAUGUACUGCAAAUUGAUUCUAAAUUACUGCAGUGCAUUUCAGUAUAAUGUAAUUAUUGCAAUUUUUCCUUCCCAACUUUAACUGCCUUUGGGUUCAUGCUAAACAUGUAGG